AUGAAGAGACUCUCCCUUCUUACCAAACUUUCAUCUGCUGGUAGCAUCAACAAAUUCGCUACUCCAACCCUUUUCUUACAUAAACCAUCAUCAUUUAACUUUUAUCAACAAUGUAGAAGUUUUUCUAUGACUAAUAACAAUAAUAGUAGUUUUACCGAAACGAUAGACUCUGAAUUGGAUCGUUUAAAGGGUAAAACCUUGGAGACUGUUACCAACAACAGAACACCAUCCUAUCCAAUCCAUAACGUCAUUAAUACACUCAACGAAUUGGGAAGAGCAACAUCAUCCGUCUUGUACGAAGAAAUGAAUUCAAGACACCCAGGACUUAUCAAUAGUAAGAGACACUUGAAGCAAAUUCUUACAAUUUUGAAGAGAGGACACAAAGUCGCUGCCAUUCAACCAUUGAGAGGUCAAUUAACAUACAAGAGAGUUCCUUUUGAAUACAAAUUAACAAAGCAAAUGAAGAGAAAAUUGGAAAAGCCAGAAAAAGAAAUUACACAAACUGUUUCUACAUCCACAGAAGAGUUAUCGGAAGAUGAACUUUUCAACAAGACUAUGGAAGCUGUACAAAAGGGAAACUAA